AUGGUAGACCAUGCAUCCCCGGGUCGGCAAGCUGGGACUUCUGGAGAUGGCUCUCCGAGCCCGAGUCCGACCGCAGAGGAACGUAACCGACGCAAGAUAGUCAGCUUCAAGGUCACCCAUGUGCUACUUACUCUCUUUAUUCUAUGGUUGAUACCUUCGCGAAUCACCGACGGAUGCUGGCAUCCCAAGUCGUUCGAUCGAGCUGUCGUCAUAAUAAUUGAUGCUUUACGAUAUGACUUCACCAUUCCCUCUCAUCGUUUCUAUACAGAACCCCAGAAAAAGUUUUACUUAGACAAUCUGCGCAUUCUUCACCAGAGCGCUGCAUCGAACCCUUCGAAUGCAGUCCUACUGCCAUUUAUCGCGGAUCCUCCUACUAGCACCCUUCAACGUCUGAAGGGUCUGACCACCGGCACACUUCCUACAUUUAUCGAUAUUGGUUCAAAUUUUGCUGGAACAGCUAUCGAGGAGGAUAACAUCAUCUCUCAGCUGAAGGAUGCCGGGAAGACGAUUGUACAACUGGGAGAUGAUACGUGGCAUUCUCUCUUUCCUGGAUAUUUCGAUCCGAAUAUGACACGACCAUAUGAUUCUUUCAAUGUGUGGGAUCUGCAUACUGUGGAUAAUGGGGUCAUCGAGCAUAUCAUGCCUUUGCUUGACCAGUCACCGGUACAAUGGGACGUCAUUUUCGGUCAUUUCCUCGGGGUCGAUCACGCAGGCCACCGGUACGGUCCUGACCACCCUGCGAUGGCCGAAAAGCUCCGCCAAAUGGAUGAUGUUAUUCGGCAAAUAAUGGAGAAGAUUGAUGAUGGAACUUUGCUCGUGGUUAUGGGCGACCAUGGCAUGGACACCAAAGGGGACCAUGGCGGAGAGUCUGAUGACGAGAUUGAAGCAGCACUUUGGAUGUAUUCGAAGAAGCCUCGCUUCGGACGGAUCGAUGCAGCCAACAUCUUGCCUCCGGCCACGGCGAAGGAGCGUCCAGUCGGUCAAAUUGAUCUGGUGUCGACUCUAUCAAUCCUACUUGGGCUACCCAUCCCCUUCAACAACCUCGGCAGACCAAUUGCUGAAGCAUUUGCUGGGCCCGGGACGACGGACUGGGAAAAUCUUGCCAAAGUAGAGCAAUUGGCCCAGAGUCAGAUCUCAAGAUAUCAAAGAUAUUACACACGUUCGCGGGACCUCGGUCUGCCCCAAGAAGCAUAUACGAAGCAAAACCAAUAUGUGGUCGAUUCAACAGAGGCUAGAGCGCUCAGCAAGUGGAAAGAUGCACAUCACGCCCUCGUCAACUGGCACCAGGAGGUGAUAUCCAUGUACAGGCAACUGUGGGCCAAUUUCAACUUGACGGAUAUGUUAGUCGGGGUGCUUGUAUCCGGCCUCGGGUUAGGGUUCUUAUUCCUGUUUUCCUGCUUCUUGAAGGGGGACAAAGCUGGACUGGCUGUGCCUCUGGUCAGAUCCGUCGGCUUCGGGUCGGCAACAGGCGCUGCAGUCGGUGGUCUAUCUGGAUUUUUCUUGCCUGCACCUUUCACGGUGGUGAGUGGUUUGAUAUUUGGUGCUACUGUUGGUGGCAUCCUUGCUGCUGGCAUCUGGUCAAGUCGACACCUUUUCGCUCCAAAGUCGUAUCUACCAUCCACCUGGGGAUGUCUGGCCUUCGUUUUCUGUGUGGCCCAAUCCGCUGGAUUCGCGUCAAACUCCUACACCAUCCAUGAAGACACAAUCCUCCUCUUUUUCCUGAGUACAUUCGGAAUUGUGUCUCUGAUCUCAUCAAUGCGACAAGCGUCUAAACCUGAUCGAGUCUUGGGCACAUACCAGUCGGUGGUUUUCAUACUCCUUACUCGAGCCGCAUCGUUUUCACGGCUUUGUCGAGAAGAGCAGAUGCCCGGCUGUCGCUCGAGCUUUUAUGCAUCUACGAACUCGUCAACAUCAGCCCCUUGGCAGCUUCUGAUCCCUUAUACCGUGGCUCUGAUCAUUCCGGAAAUCAUCAAGGCGUUCUACAAAGGCACCGCAUCAUAUGCUGGGUCGGCCGGCUUUUGGAUUGGAUUCAGUGUCCGUAUGGGCUUGUUGUUUGUUGCUGCCUACUGGACGGUAGAUGCCGCAGAUAACGGAAACUGGUUGCUGGACCGAGUCUCAUCAACCACGCUCAAGACAGUCAACAUCACUUUGGCCAGGUGUGCCCUUGCAAUCGCAAUUCCUGUGGGGAUAGGGACUUUUAUAUGGGCGAAACCGUGUAUCGACAUCUCGAUAACCGAACCGACGAGUGCCACUGACGAAUCUGGCGCCCGCGGGCCCCCCCAGUUAACGGUCUUUGGUUAUGCAAACGUCUUCGGCAGCCGUUACUUCAUCAUGCUUCCCAUCCUUGUCCUUGCCGUGUCAUUGCUCCUACCGCCCAUGGGCCAAUAUUCAAUCGCUAUCCUCACCUGGCAGAUUCUCUGCCUGCUUGAGAUACUGGAUACCAACGGGCUCACAAUCACCUCUGCCUCCCAACCCAGAAUUGGACCGAUCAUGCUCGCCAUCCUCGGGUCCUACCAUUUCUUCAAGACCGGCCACCAGGCCACCUUGGCUUCUAUUCAGUGGAACUCGGCCUUUGUCCCGCUACGCACGAUUCAAUAUCCUUGGUCGCCACUCCUCGUUCUGCUGAACACCUUUGGAGCUCAGAUAAUUUGCGCAGCGGCGGUGCCAUUGACGGUGCUGUGGAAGAGGCCCAUCGACAAAGCGGGCGUUCGUGGGCUAUGGAACGAUGUGCUGGGGGCUUGUCUCACGCAUGCUCUGUACUAUGCGACGAUUCAGGUGGCGACGACAAUGUGGGCAGGGCAUCUGCGACGGCAUUUGAUGUUAUAUCGAGUCUUCAUGCCACGAUAUCUCAUGGCCAAUGGGGUGUUGCUCAUUGUGGAUCUGGUGCUGGCCUUGGUUGCCUUGGCCAGCGUGCGGGUUGUCGGGCUCAGUGUGGGUGAGGUAUUCGGCCUUUGA